AAACAUAUGUUAGAUGAACGACAAUUAGGGGUUCCGUUCGUUCAGUUUAUUUAGUGAGUCUUGGCCGUGCAAAUAAUAAAUUUGCCACUAUAAAUUAUAGAAAUUGCGCAUCCGUUUUGCCAACAGCAGCGGACAAAGGCCAAAACCAAAGGCACAAUCGCGCCACAAAGCAGCAAUAGACACGCAGAAAAGACGCAUACACUAAUAAACCAACAACUACAACAACAGCAACAACAGCAACAACAACAACUACAACACAACUAAAACGACGACAACAACACCUGCUGCAAAAUGGAGGCGGAGGGUCUGACAAAUGAACAAACGGACAAAGUGCUGCAAUUUCAGGACUUGACUGGCAUCGAGGACAUGAACGUCUGUCGUGAUGUGCUCAUACGUCAUCAAUGGGAUCUCGAGGUGGCUUUUCAGGAGCAGAUGAACAUACGCGAGGGUCGGCCCACCAUGCUAACAGCCUCGACAGAUGUGCGCGCUCCGGCUGUUAUCAAUGAUCGUUUCCUGCAACAGGUCUUCUCAGCGAAUAUGCCCGGCGGCCGAACGGUGAGCCGGGUGCCCAGCAUUGGGCCAAUGCCGCGCACCUUUACGGGCAUGCUCGGCUACGUGAUCAAUUUUGUGUUCCAAUACUUUUACUCGACUCUGUCGGGCAUUGUCCGUGCAUUUAUUAACAUUGGCGGCGGCAACGAGCCGCGCAUCAUUACGGAUCCGCUGGCCGAUGUGAUGAAGUUCAUACGCGAGUAUUAUGAACGUUAUCCGGAGCAUCCGGUAUUCUAUCAGGGCACAUAUGCCCAAGCUCUGAACGAUGCCAAGCAGGAGCUACGCUUUUUGCUUGUCUAUCUGCAUAAGGAUCCAACCCAAAAUCCGGAUGUGGAGUCGUUUUGCCGCGACACGUUAUCCUCACGCUCAAUCAUCGACUAUAUUAACACCCAUACGCUGCUUUGGGGAUGUGACGUGUCCACGCCGGAGGGCUAUCGUGUCAUGCAAAGCAUUACGGUGCGCACCUAUCCGCUGAUGGUGAUGAUUAGCCUGCGAGCCAAUCGUAUGAUGGUUGUGGGCCGGUUCGAGGGUGAUUGUACGCCCGAAGAGCUGCAGCGUCGUCUGCAGGCGGUGAUAGCUGUCAACGAAGUGUGGCUCAGUCAGGCGCGUGCCGAUCGCUUGGAGCGCAAUUUCACACAGACGCUGCGCCGCCAGCAGGAUGAAGCCUAUGAGCAGAGUCUGCUGGCUGACGAGGAGAAGGAGCGCCAGCGUCAACGGGAACGGGACGCCGCUCGCCAAGUGCUGGAGGCCGAGGAACGUGCUCGUCGCGAUGUUGAGCUGCGCAAAGAAGAGAUUGCCAGGCAAAAGAUAGAGCUGGCCAAUCUGGUGCCCCCCGAGCCACCAGCCGAUGCAAUCGAUGCCAUCGCCGUUGUAUUUAAGCUGCCCAGCGGAACGCGUCUGGAACGACGCUUCCAGCAAACAGAUUCCAUUUUGGACGUUUAUCAUUUCCUCUUCUGCCAUCCCGCAUCGCCGGAUGAAUUCGAAAUAACAACGAAUUUCCCCAAGCGUGUACUCUAUUCCAAGGCGGCCAUAGACGCCGCCGAGUGCGCCGUCAAUGAUAUCGUCAACAAGACACUUAAGGAGGUCGGCCUCAAGAAUCGUGAGGUGCUCUUCGUCAAUGACCUGGAAGCGUAACCGACCUCUGACACCAAAAAAAAACACUAAAAACAACAACAAAUAACAACAACAAAAAGCAAGCAAAAGAACGAUAACUAAAAUCAUUGUGUUACCAGCUAAAAACGCAUUACCAAAAAACUUGAACCAAGUUUGAAGUAGUCGUAGUCCUCACGUCCCAGAAAAAUUGGGCGGGAUAUAGGAGGUUAAACACUUUACACAUAUUCCUAAUUUAAUCACGAAUAUAAACAUAAUUGUUUAACAAUGUUUAUGUUCACCUUCGUCUAACGGUGCCCCGAACACCGAUUCACCCCCAAAAUUCUUUUCGAAACAAUUUCCAAUUUUUUUUUUUUCAUUAGGUUUUUCAUACACAUGUGUUGCUUUAGCUGUACUUACGUUUGAAUAAUUUAAUUUUACAAAUUAAAUAGAAAUGAAGACAUCAUGACAAAAUACAGAAAGUGUCUAAACUA